AUGGACCGCGAUGGUCAACAUGAUAAUGCUGGAGGUGGAAAUCCUAGCAUGCUAACCAUGGAUGGUAGAUUAUUUGAAGCGAUAGUGCAGUUAACAACUCAACAUGCAAAAUAUUUCGAGUCUCAGGCAGCCGCACAAGUGAGUUCUUCGGGGGCACACACUGAGCGAGACACCAUAUAUGGUCGGUUUAAAAAGCUUGGGCCUACAGAGUUUGAUGGACCGCCUAACCCUCUUGAUGCCGAGGAAUGGAUGAAAAAGUUAGAGGAAAUCUUUCAGAUAAUGGCUGUGACGGAUGAACAAAAGGUUUUAUUGGCUACCUUUAUGUUAAAAGGCGAUGCUCGACGUUGGUGGGAGGUUAUCAAACAAAGAUUGUCUGCACCAAUGGCAAAUCCUGAAAAUAAUGAUGCUCCUCCUAUACUUGCAGUUAUCACUUGGGCUAUGUUUACCAUAGCCUUCCAUGAAAAGUAUUUCCCAAGGAGUUACCAAAUGGGUCAGAGGCGGGAAUUUUUGAAGUUGGAGCAGGGGAAGAUGAUGGUAGCAGAGUAUGAAGCUCGGUUUACAACCUUAUCAUGUUUCGCUUUGCAUCUUGUUAGCACAGACGAGGAUAAAUGCAGAAUGUUUGAGGAUGGGUUGAAUAUAAAACUUCGGCCUUAUGUGCGAGCGAAUGUGUCAAAGCAACAAAGUCAGACGGGUUCUACUUUUUCUAGUGGUCGCAGCAAUGCCCUUACAUGUCAUAGGUGUGGAUCACCUGAUCAUUUUGUUCGAGAUUGUCCUGAACCAGAAUCAUUCCGUAGGUGUUUUAGAUGUGGGGAUCCGGGACAUUUGGCUUCAAGUUGUCCCAGAACAUCGAGGUCUGCUUCAUCUUCGGGUAGCGUUCAGAUGGGUGGAGGUACUUCUUAG